CGAAACCAAACGCACCGAGGAGGGGCACGUGAGCGUAUUCCGUAAAUGUGAUGACUUGCUUCUGCAGUUAGAGACGGUAGCUAGGAGUGUUUAGACCGCAAAGGCACCUGAAACUGUGUCCCUACGUAUGGUCUGUUACAGGUUGCAUAGCAGACGACACCUGCCGCCAUUUGCAUUUUUCAAGUUUUGAUCCUCGGCGGGAAGUUGUUCCGGAUAUUUCGAUAUUUCUUCCGUGUUUUAGUGUUUGGACCGGAUGUGAUACAAGACACAACGUAGGAUCUGGUUGCAAGGUGUUACCCUAGUAAUGUAACUUGUUUUAUCUCGGUGUGAUCAAGGAGACAAUCUGUUUACUGAAAGAGUCUUGGAUUUAAACAUUUCGAUGCCAGAGAAAGCUCAAAAUGGGGAACGCCUUAAGGGCAUCGGUGAUUUCUUCAAGAAGAAGAAAGACGAUAAGAAGUUUUUCCUCAAAGUUGGCAUAGCAGUGGGAGUAGUGUUGUUGCUGAUUGUUGUGAUUAUCGUCGUAGCCGCUGUCGUCCCCAAGGGCGGUGACGACGGCGGGGAAAGUGGAGCUGUCCAGAACAAUGUCCAGACCAGUACCACAAAGGCCCCAGAACGCAUAAAUCUGGAGUUCGUUAUUCCUGCCUAUUACAUGGUGCAACUGGGAACGUCUAUGACGUCAAUGUUAGCGGUUGAUGACGUCACACAGAGUUACAUCAUCCAGGUCGACGAGGUGUUCCGGACUAUUUACGUCCUCGUCAAGUUUAAAGAGCGCUCGCAGAUCUACAUCGGUAUUCAGAAGGAGGCCAACCGAGCCAGGACGGAUGUUCAAGAAAACACAGUGUUAUUCUGCUUCUCGAGGGGAUUUGACUCCAACUUCGACGGCCAGUAUCUGGAUUCAGAAAGCUUCAAGCGGAAUGGGCAGACACAAUACGGCAGCGUGAGCGGCACCAACGUCACCAUCACUGUGUCACCAGUUGACGGUCCAUUGAAACUGACCGGCCCAGUGGCCCGUGUGUUCAACUCAUCGUGUGACGAUCUGCGCCCUCAGGACGUAUUUCAGUGGGGAGAGAAGGAGACGGCGUGUGAAGGAAACCAAACAGUCCAACUCGAUCCAACUGAUGAACCGCCGUGUCAAACUUCACGAUGCCCGAAAUACGACCAAUCUCAACCUCUGACGACGAAACAAGCGUGUAAAAAGUUCAGAAGCUGCAACUCAAUUAUGGGCAAGUGUGACAGAGUGUGGACAAGGCAGAACCCCUACAACGGACAACCUUAUUGCAACUGUCGCCGACUGCUGGCGGAGGACGCAUCGACGGUCAUGUGCCCUAAAGCCAGCAUUGACCAGGCGGAGUGCGAAUCCCCGAGGAGAAGGGCCGAAGACAUGUCCAACCAAAGCCCGUGUUUGUGUCAGUACAGGAUUAGAAGAAUACAUCCAUUUCUAAGAAGGUCCCGUGAUUCAGGGUGGCAGCUGGAUACCCUUAGUGUCACGGGGCCCGCACCCAGAAUAGAGCACUGCCCUUGUUCGGUAUAGGGAAUAAUGUAAUCCUCAACGUGGGUAUCAAUGCUGUGGCUUGUGAGGACAGUAAUGCCAUUACGAACUGAAGUCUAUUUCCCUUUGCCUUCAUUGACGGUUGAGGGCACGGGUGGCCAAGUCAUCUAAGACGCCGCGAUUCGCUAUGCAUAGUUGCGUCCCUUGGGCACGCCAGGAACGUAUGGUUGUGGGUU